GAGCUUAGUCACACGUUAACCUUCCUUCUAUACAGACGUUAAAAUGUCUGGAUUGUGGCGGCAGCUUGGUUGCAUUUCAAGCGGAGUGCUGCUGUUGUUCUGUGGAGGAAUACAUAUUGGAUGGAGUAUAUUUCAUCUUUAUAUGGCUGGUAACAAGUGGGCUGUCGGAAUAACCAUCGAUGAAUAUAGAUUUGCUAUUUUAUCUUUUUUCACCGGAGUUGGAUUCAUUUUGCUUAUACUAACAUUUUCCAAAGAAUGGCUGCCGACCAGUGCUUGGUUGAUGAUAUCCUCCUUAUUUUUUCUGAUCAAUGGAAUAUUCUUCACAGCUAUGCCAACGGAUUACCCAGCCACUGUUGCUACACGAAUAAUAGCAGGAUUCGGACACGGGAUUGCGCAUCUAGUUAUGUCUAUAUACAUAGGGGAAAUAGCAUCAAAACAAUACCGAGGGAAGAUGAUUGCUAUUCUCACUGCCUCUAUCACAUCUGGCGUAGCAGUGUUCUCGAUCAUUUCAAUGGUAACCACUAAUCCGGUGUACAUUAUUGAACCAGCCAUGCAUCCUAACCGAGCGUUGGGAAUUAUCAUAUUACCGUUGAGCUGCGGUGCUUGCGUACUAGCAUUCUUCCUUACAGUAGACUCACCUAUCUACACGUUAGCGGUGCGACAAGAUGAAACGACUGCAGCGAAAGAUCUUAGAACUUUACGGAACCAAACCAUAGAGACAGCCUCUACCACCGACGAAUUCAAUGAUAUGAAGUUGCUAGUGGCCGAAAGCAGCAUGCUUACCAAAAUGUUUGUUACCGAAGGAAACUUUAAACCUUUUCAGCUAGUAUUAACGUUAAAGUUGGCCAAUUUGCUAUUUUUCAAUUACUCUAUGAAUUUAGCAAAAAUGGCUUAUAUGUCCGCCAUGUUCACCUUAACAGUAACUACUCAUAACUGGGCCCCGCCAAUUUUAAUGCUGAGUAAAAUGGUUGCUACCUUUGUUACAAUAUUUAUUAUUGACGUAUUGCCACGACGUUUUCAGUAUGCUAUUUCAUCGACCUUUACUGGUGCUUUUAUGCUAGCUUUCGGUAUUGUGCUGGCUACACAUGAUAUCCUACAGCCAUGGGUAGCCCCGUUUCUUUAUAUUACAGCUGAAGUAUUUAAUGCCAUGGGCAUGCUGCCAGUUUCAGAGAUAUUAUUAUCCGAAGCGUUUCCACCGAAGAAAAAGGUGUUUUCAGUAGCAAAUAUUCUCAUUUGUGAAUAUGUUGGGCAUAUGGUUGUGUAUAUUAUAUACUUCAAUGUACCAAGUGAACCUCAGAAUACAUACAUUAAAACAAUUGUUUUCGGUUCAGUUAUACUACUUAAAUGUUUGAUUGCUGUUUUAGUAAUUCCCGAUACGAGGAACACCACUCCCCGAGAAGCAGUACAACUGUUUGCACAUAAGUAAUCCGGUGAAUAUUAUACAAAAUUUUAGAUAGCAGCAACACCAAAAAGCGCGAACUAUUCCGUUAUUUUGGAUACCAUUGUUAAACGAAUGGUGGUACUUCUGUCGAGCCAAUUUUAAUAUCAGGACAAUAGUUUGUUGGAAAAGCUAUAAUGACAUGAAUCCUUAUCAGUACAAAAAUAACACCGACAAAGACCUAGACAUAUCUGAUAACUGGUUAUACAUUUUUAAUGCUCAUUGUAAGAAAAUAAAAGACUCACAAGAAAAAAUGGACUAAUCGUUUAA